AUGGCGUGGGAACAUCUUUCAAUCAACAAGCCGCACCUGGUCUAUAUCAUCUUGGGCGGCUUCACUAGUAUAUUCAUGCUGGUCUCUCUAUUCAUCAAGGAGAAGCUCUAUAUCGGCGAGGCCACUGUCGCGACCAUAUGCGGCGUCAUCUUCGGUCCACACGCCGCCAACUUGAUCAAUCCGCUGACCUGGGGAAACACCGACCAAAUCACUCUCGAAUUCUCCCGCAUUGUCCUCGUAGUACAAUGUUUCGCCGUAGGAGUCGAGUUGCCAAAAGCCUAUAUGGAACGGCACUGGAGAUCCGUUGUUUUCCUCCUUGUGCCGGUCAUGACGUUUGGGUGGCUCAUCACCAGUGUCUUCAUUUGGUGGAUGAUUGUGCCUUUGAGCUGGCUCGAAUCGUUGGCCGUCGCCGCCUGUGUGACUGCCACAGAUCCCGUUCUGGCCUCUUCCGUUGUCGGAAAGGGCAAAUUCGCCAAACGUAUUCCCAAGCACUUGCGAGAUAUUCUGUCCGCCGAGUCCGGCUGCAACGACGGCAUGGCCUUCCCCUUCAUCUACCUUUCAAUAUAUCUCUUACGAUAUGAUCUGGACGCUGCACACGUUACGUUUCAUUGGUUCUGCUAUACCAUACUCUACGAGUGCAUAUUCGGCGCAAUAUACGGAGUUUGCAUCGGAUAUAUCGGCCGGCGCGCCAUUCGAUUUUGCGAAGAGAAAGGUAUCAUCGAUAGAGAGAGCUUCUUGGUCUUCUACUUCGUCCUGGCUCUGUUUUGUGCUGGAUCUGGGAGCUUGUUAGGCAUGGACGACCUCCUCAUCGGGUUUUGUGCUGGUGUCGGAUUCUCCAACGAUGGCUGGUUUACCGAGCAGACCGAAGAAUCGCACGUUUCUAACGUCAUUGACUUGUUGAUCAAUCUGUCAUACUUCGUCUACUUGGGGACCAUCAUACCCUGGGCCCAGUACAACGCUCCGGACCACGGUCUUACUCCCUGGCGCCUGGUGGUGAUUGCAAUCUUCGUGAUUUUCUUCAGGAGAAUACCCAUCAUGUUGAUGUGCAAGCCAUUCAUACCGGACAUCAAAACCUGGCGAGAAGCAUUAUUUGCUGGACACUUUGGACCCAUCGGAGUGGGCGCUAUCUUUGUCGCCAUUCUGGCUCGUGCCGAACUCGAGACAGAGACCACCGAUCCUCUGGACGAGCUACCUGCACCAGGUACAAAAGACUAUGACCUCAUCUACCUGGUCUGGCCUAUUGUCACUUUCCUGGUCAUUUCCUCCAUUCUCGUCCAUGGCUCCUCGAUCGCCGUCUUCACUCUUGGUAAACGAAUCAAUACGCUAACCAUCACCAUGUCUUACACCAAGGAUCCGGAGGAAGGACCUUCAUGGAUGAAUAGAUUGCCGCGAAUCUCAUCUCAGGGUCGAACGAGCUCGCGCAUGUCCAGCUUCAGUGUUGAUGAAGAGGAGAAGAUGGUCAUUCCGAAGCUACAGCUCCGCAGACAGAAGGAGGAAGAGUACAACGAGAAAGCUGAUCCUCGAUCUCUCAGUGCGACCAAAACUAGACGCAGAAAGAGGAGGGGCGACAGUCGUUUGGGGGGCCCAGUGUCUGCCAGUGCCAUUGCUCCCGCAAGCCGUUCGGACAUAGGCCUUUCAGGUUUGCAGCAUCAAGAAUCAGGGCUCAGCGGAUCCGACACUCUGCUUGAGAAAUCUAGCCAGCCCUCACCUGAAACGCAAAAGGGAGAGAAUUCUACUGAAACGUCUCCAGAGCGUGGCGGCCCUCGUGAUCGUCGGCCAUCGCCGUCACGGUCCAGGUCCACAAGUAGACCAGCCGAAGUUGAAGCUUACGACGAAGGCGAGGAGCUUGUCGUAGAAGAUGAAGAAGGCAACGUCUUGACUACACGAAAAGCGCAAGGUCUCACGGAAGAGGACAAGGCAAAUAUCAUCGAGGAGGCUCGUCGUAGCCUGGACAAAGACGCGACUGGCCGCUUUAGCAAGCACAAGAAUGAGCCUCACGAGAAGGAUGAAGGAAUGGAGAUGGCGCAGUCCGCGGCUGAUGCGGCAAGCAACCCGCAAAAGACUUUCCGCCAACGACUUACAGGCUGGAGAGGGUUCACUUCAGAAAAGGAAGAUGAAGCGCCCAAGAAGAAACCGUCGGAACGCAAACGUGGUGCCGCUCACGCCUUCCAGAUUGGCAACACCAUUAUUGUCGAAGACGAAGAUGGUGAAGUCAUCAAAGAGUACACAUUGCCUGCAAGCGAGGAUGCUCGGAAGCGCACCUACGGCCAGGAUCAGCUCCGCUCAGGGAUGCAUAGGAUGGGCACGUAUCUUGGUGUCGCGCGAAAGCCCGAUGAAGCAGCUGCAGCCGUCGGGGCUACUGCUAACCCUCGCAAUGUACAAACUAAGGACGAGUAUGACGAGUCUUCCGAUAGAUUAGAAGCCGAGGAAGACCCGGAUGCGACUGAGACUGUCGAAAAACAGGGUCUACGGGAAGGGAGGACCGAGCAGACUAGACCGGUUGAACCUGACGACGACGACGGUUUGAGGCUGACCAUCUCUCGUGCCCAACAGUACGGGUGGACGGGGCUUCAGCGUAAACAAAGCGCUGCUGGUGGACAGCUUACACUUGGGUCUGGAAGACGACUUUCGACCAAGGACUUUCUGAAGCAGAUGCAAGAGCUCAACCCCAAGGAUAGAGCCAGGGAGGUGGCAAGGAGCGAUGCUCCCGAAGGAGUGAAGCGCGAGCUGAAGCGCGGCGCGGAUGCUGAGCAGGCUGCGGCAGAUGCGUUGGGGGAGAGGCCAAAAGGAUUGAGGAGACCUACAGACUCUCGUACCCCAUUGCAGCGGCCGGACGAUGGAUCACAGAACGAAUCGGGCGAUUACUUCUCUGUUCGGCCACGAGGCAACCGUACGAGGACGGAUCGAACAAUUGAAGAAGAGGAAGAAGACACUGAUCUCGACACACCAGCUGAGAGACCGGCCGAAACGCCUGGAAGGGACAUCCCAACGCAUGACGUCCGCAGCGCUGUAGUCCGGCACAGCAAGGGGCAGCAGACAGCAGCGGAUCAACGAAGGCAAAGGUUGGCAACUAUCAGCUCGAACGACUCCGGCGAACGGGACGCCGAGGAUGAGGAGCCUGAAACGAUGGCCGAGAAACGGCGCCGACUAGCAGCUCUUUAUGGAGGUCGAGGCGAGAACGAUAGCGAUGAUGAGGACGAGGACGAGAGACCCCGUCCAGCCAACAAAGCAACGCAAGAGCCUGCAGCGGGACAGACCUCGCGGUCUAUGACCGUGCAAUGGGGAGGCGAGACGGGUAGGGACGACCAACCAAGGCGGGACGACGGAGAGGAGAAGUCGGCGGGUGGGUCUGCCAGGAAACUAAGGGGCAUCUUCAAGCGGUAA